AUGGAACGACCCUUAGACGUCGAGGCGGAGAACGUUCGCGUGCACGCGUCGGGCGACUUGGGGUUCGUCACGUGCGUCGAAAAGGUGGACAGCUCCACGGGGUACGGGACGCUCACCGCGACGAACGUCUUCGAGCGACAGGGAGGAGAGUGGAAGAUGGUGCAUCACCACGCGAACGGCGUCCAGGGGUUGCUGUAG